AUGGCAGAACAAAUGAGCAAAAGGAAGAAGAAACAAAACAUGAGAAAAGAAAAGAAAAUAGCAAGAUUAAGUAGAGGAAAAGAAAAUGUAGAAGAAGAUAUUGCAAUUGAGAUUAUAGAUCAGGAAGAUAGUGUCAGUUUGAUAGAUGAAGGGGAUAGUGGUAGUUUGAUUGUAGAUGAAGAUAGUGUCAGUUUGAUUGUAGAUGAAGGGAAAAGUGGUAGUUUGGUUGUUGAUAUCAAGAAGAUAGUGUCAGUUUGA